AUGUAUAGAAAUGAAGGAAAUGUGAGAGAAAGAUGUGAAGAAGAGCAAACAGAGAAUAAAAAAAAAGGAGAAAGACCAGAUGUUGACAAAUUUAAUGUCACUGCUCUUAGAAGAUCGUUCGUUUCCUGAGAAUAUUUCUUCACCUGGGAUCUCCAUCUUUCUCUCUCUAACUCCAUCCCAAAGCAAUAAACUCCUCCAUAUAUAUUUCCCUUUUUCUUCUCAAUAUUCUCUCUCUAGAAGCAAAAAUAAAUAUUAGAAUUUUAACAAGAUUAUUUCUUUCUCUUUCGUCCCGAUGACGAUCUAUAGUGUUAACAAAGCACCCACUUUGUUGUUUUAGCUGUAUUGUCUUUUUAUUACUAUAUUUUUGUUGUUUUAAAGCUUUAAUCUUUUGUUGAUAUUCCGGGUAGUUUUGGGAGCUUUUGAAUUUAUCUAUGAUGGGGAAGUGUUCAAGCUAAAUCCAUGGGAGAAUCUCGAAUGAAUUUUGAUUAGAGGAUGUGGGUCUGAGGAAUGGGAACAAAAGUUCAGUUGAAAAGCUGUUUGCCCGGAUAUUUUUCAAUGAGGGAUCUCAACGAGGAUUCAAAUAGUUGUAGCUGGCCACAUUAUUAUGAGGAUAAAACCUUGACAAAUGGUCAGCAUUACAAUGGCUUUUUCUCGAGGAAUGUCGAUGCAUAUCUCGGGCAUGAUAAGGACACAUUGAAGAGAAUAAUGUUCAAGCACGAGGAUAUUUUUAAGAAUCAGGUGUCUGAGCUUCACCGCUUGUACAGAAUACAAAGGGAGUUGAUGGAUGAAUUUAAAAAGAAAGAUUUACAAAACAAUCGGAUUCCUAUUGAGCCAUCGUUAUCAUCAAGCCUGUUAGCGUCGCAAAUUACAACCGAAGAGGCUAACAAAUGGCAUAUCCCUAGCUUCCCGGUGGCAAACUCUCUUAAUGGUCUACCAUCAGUUUCUGCUGUUGAAGAUACUUAUUCUCGCCUUAGUUCAGUGAAGGGAAGUAGCAACCGAGCCGAUCCCUUAACCCGGAAUGGAGGUAACAUAAAGGAUGCUGAGGUGUUGGACUGCAGACCCACAAAAGUAAGAAGGAAAAUGUUUGAUCUUGAACUUCCAGCAGACGAGUACAUUGACACUGAAGAAGCAGAACAGUUCAGAGAUGACACAGCAUCUGGCACGUCAAGUUAUCUUCUGAAUGGAAAUGGGAAAAUCAGGCCUGCGGGUGGUGGAAAGCCAUUUCAUGCAGGGAAGACUGAUUGCCUCGAAGAUGCUUCAAAGUCCAAUUCAUGCUUGAGGGGUAAAAAUAGUUUGGCUGACUUGAAUGAGCCUGCUCAGAUCGAAGAAACUGAUGGUUCUGCAUUUUCACACUUUCUAGGCCAUGAACUGUCUGCUAAGCUGAAGCAAGAGCUUCCUUGUUUUCCAAAAGACAUUUCUGUGAAUUCUCUUCGCGAAAGUGAGAAGAAGUCUGUAAGUAAUGUACAUGUUGAAAAAAACGGAACCGUGAGACGAUUCUUCUGUGACGUGCUUGAAGCAGGGCACAGUGCAAGCAACUCAAAGUUGAUUUCUAAAGGUUUUCAGCAACAGAAGUCGCCUGUAUCUUCUCAGCAGGUACAGGUUCCUUAUGAAAAAACUCCUGAUCCUCGAACAUUUUGGGCAAUCGAUCAAAGCAAGGCCGAUCUCUCAAAAGAAAUAAUACUCCGAGGUUUAGAAGUUCCCAAAAGAAAUGGUGAAAUCUUUAAUAACAGUCAUCCCGAGUCGAUUGUCAUGUCUAAUGUACGUAAUUUGAAUCCAUUUGCUUCUUCUGAAGUCAUAAAGCCGUGGUCUCAUUCGGUUACUUAUUGGGACAAGCCUUGCAGUAGCUUAAGCGAGAAGUCAAUGACAGUUCCAACUCACCCAUUUUUGAAUUCACCUGGUCCUUCAAGUAAGAGUUCUGUGAUGUCGUCUCCGAGCAUUGGGAUUUUCGGAGAGAAGUGGCAGAUGAGUAGCAAUUCUAGACUUAAUCCAAGUUUCGGAAGUGAAUUUUCCAAUCGAAAUGGUUUUUAUUAUGGUUCCUCAUCGGUGUCCAAGGAAUCUGCAGUUCGCUUCCCAUCAGUGAGUUAUGAUAGUAAGGGGGUCUCUGAGCACUUCCCUUCUCAUGGUUCAACUAAGCCUUACGGCUGUUCAACUAGCGGUGAUAUGAAGUCAACAAGUGUUGUAAAUUUGAAUGUCGUGCUUUCAAACAGGGCAUCAGAUGAGCCGGUUUUGCAAUGCGGUACUCGAAUAGAUGGAGGAAGAAACCGUGAAGAUCAUCUCCGAGGGCUACCGUGGCUACAAACCAUGCCUUUUUGUAAGAAUGAUGCCACAAGUGCUGGCAAUGAUUUCAAUCAAAAUGUUACACAGGAUGUGAAGUCGGUUUCAUUCUCCAAUAAUGUUGACACCAGCAGGAGUGAACAUCUGCACAACGAAAAGAUACUCGGGAUCCCCAUUUUCGAAAAGCCUUUUGUUUCUAAGAACGAAUCUUCUUUGACUGCACCGCACACAUCUGUUCCUCGAUUUGCCGAAGUUGAAGCAGAAAAUAAAGGAAGGAAUAGGUUACUUGAUAUUAACUUACCUUGUGAUGCAACUCUUCUGGACAUGAACCAAGACAUUGUUGCAGAGAAUUCAGCCAUAGAGAAGGAAACAAAUACAAAGGUCUCAAGUUUCCGACUUCAGUUGGACUUGAACUCCUGUGUUGACGAGGAUGAAGCUUCUUUUACACCCUCCGUUCCGAGCACCGGUACGAAGACAACUCCAGGGAUAGAUUUGGAAGCACCAUUAAUUUCGGACCCUGAAGAUGUCAUUCGUGGCGAAGAAUUAUUGGAAAAGGCAUCUGAACCAUCUUUGCAGUCAAAACAAAGUAAAGAUCACUUUGUGCAGGAUGAACUUGCAAAGAUUGCAGCUGAGGCAAUAGUUGCCAUCUCAUCAUCUUGCCGGGACAGUAAUUCGGAUGAUGUUGAUUGCAAUUCAUCUGAAAACACUAUGACAGACCCCCUAAAUUGGUUUGUUGAGACAAUUUCCUCUUUUGGAGAAGAUCUCGAGAGGAAGUUCGAGGCUCUUACUAGCGGUAAAGAUAGAGAUCGAGAUGAAUCUUCCUUAGAAGAGAUUGAUUAUUUUGAAUCAAUGGUUUUGAACUUAGCAGAAACCCGGGAAGAGGAUUAUAUGCCUGAGCCUCUGGUACCUGAAAACUUCAGAGUAGAAGAAACAGGAGCUACAUCUUUGUUAACGACUCGAGCACGAAGGGGACAGAGAAGGCGAGGAAGGCAGCAGAGGGACUUUCAAAGGGACAUCCUUCCAGGCCUUGUUUCCCUAUCAAGGUAUGAGGUUACGGAAGAUCUUCAGACAUUUGGAGGACUUAUGAGAGCAACCGGUUAUUCAUGGAACUCUACCAGAGCCGGGUGUGGCCGGGGGAGGCGACGGUCGGUAACUAGUUCCUCUACUCUAGUAGCUGCCACAACUUGCAUGUCAUUGACACAGGAGCUUAAUAACAUUGAAGUGGGGCUGGAGGAUCGAAGCCUUACUGGAUGGGGGAAGACAACUAGGCGGCCACGCAGGCAACGAUGUCCAACGGGUAAUCCUCCAUCUAUUGCAUUAACCUAAGAAAAAAGAAUUUGAGGCUUUAUUCAUCGAGAUUGCUAUAGAGAAAACUAGGUCAUUAUUGUUCAUCUGCUUUGAGAUUUCCUCUUAGCCUGAAAUUAGGCAAUACUUGAUUUUCUGUCUUGGGGUGAUUAAGAACAACUUGCAUUACCCAUAAAUAAUGUUGCAUUAUUUCUUCCAAGACAUAUAGGACAAACAUGCCUU